AUAAUGAUAGAGGGUUCAAUAGUUGGAACACAGAGCCAAAACCCUUGAUAUCGUUAGGUUAGAUCUCAAAAUUCUUGUGUAUUUAUCAAAGCAAAGCGCGUUUCUUUUGCCAAUUGUCUUCCACUGAUUGCUCAAUCUCCGCUUGGAUUUGAAGUAUUCAAUUGUCUUCAACCCUAGUUAGGUGAUCUAGAUCGCUAUUUUCUUAUUAUUCCCAACAUUUACGGCUUAUUUUUUAUUCAUUGUAUUGGAUUCAAUGAACUGUAAUGGAGGUUUUUCACUCAACCCAGUUCAUUGUUUGCGUUUUGAAUAAAUAUGUUUUGAUUGUGAAUUGUUUGGUUAAUUUCUGAAGUAAUAAUUCAUUUGAGAGAGUUAUGGGUGAUGAGAAUUCGAGUAAUUCGGUUGAUCAGAGUGUGAUUGUGAUAAAAUCAGUAGAGGAAGCUGGGAAUUCGAAUGCAACAGUGAAUGGGUUGGGAUCUAGUAAAGAAUCAGUGGGUGAGCGGGAAGUUAGCGAUUUGAAAGAUGAUGAUAAGCAUUCUUGUGUAAUUGAUGUCAAGUCUAGUGGUGGUGGUGGAAAUGGGAAAUUGGGUGAGAAUUUGGAUGGGGAAAGAAUUUGUAGAAUUUGCCAUUUAAGUUCGGAUCCGGAAACACCGCCAAGGCCACCGACAACUACUAAUGUGACUGUGAUGAUGGCCAACACUGGUUUGAUUGAACUCGGUUGCGAUUGUAAAGAUGAGCUUGGAAUUGUGCAUACUUAUUGUGCCGAGGCCUGGUUUAAGCUAAAAGGGAAUAGACAGUGUGAAAUUUGUGGUGAGACCGCCAAAAACAUUACAGGUGUUGGGGAUACCAGAUUCAUGGAAGAGUGGAAUGAAACAAGAACUGCUGGUAAUGUUAGUAACACUUCCAACAGGCGCGGAGGAUGUUGGCGGGGACAGCCAUUUUGCAACUUCUUGAUGGCAUGCCUGGUUAUAGCCUUCGUGCUGCCGUGGUUUUUCCGUGUAAAUAUGUUUUAAUUGAAGUGAAUAAAUAAAAUUAAAAGGGUUCUUACCAUGCAUCAUUGCGGCUUCUUAAUAUUAUUUAGCCAUGAAGAUAUGAAGGUUCAAAUAGCGAAGAUGUCAACUUGACAACCAGCACCGGAUUGGUGUAAUAGUGUGGCAGUUCUGUUUACAGUUUCCAUCGUUGAAUUUGCAUUGAUAUUUUAAUACUGCAGGCCAGCAAUGAUGGUUAGGCCAAAAUUUUAGUGAGCUUCUUCGCUUCCCUUUACCAUCUCUAUUCUCGAGUGACUUUCAGCUUCACCUACUUCUGUUAUUCAAAAGUCUUCAUUGUACACAAACUACAGAUAAAAUAUUCAAAUCAAGUUUUAGUGAAAAUAGAAUUUGCAUUUUGUGUUCCAUUUUGUUACCUCUGAGCUUCAUUGUGGAAAUUCUAUGUAUGCAAGAGUUUUUGUUUUCGUCUUGCUUUUGGGUGCUGA